GCCUGCAGGCGCGGGCAUCCUCCAGGGUCCCGGGACCCGCGCGAAGGGCUCUGGACACGCCAGCGCUGGGCACUGGCGCUGAGGCUCACACCCGCACCGGGCCCUUGCUGACUCGUGACACAGCCCAGCCGCGGACCUGGUCCCCCCCGGGGCUUCUCUCUGCUCCCCAGCAUGGAGGAGAGCGGCGACUUCGACAGCUACUAUGGGGCAGACAACCAGUCUGAGUGCGAGUACUCGGACUGGAAGUCCUCGGGGGCGCUGAUCCCCGCCAUCUACCUGCUGGUCUUCCUCCUGGGCACCACCGGCAACGGGCUGGUCCUCUGGACCGUGUUUCGGAGCAGCCGGGAGAAGAGGCGCUCGGCGGACAUCUUCAUCGCCAGCCUGGCCGUGGCCGACCUGACCUUCGUGGUGACCCUGCCGCUCUGGGCCACCUACACCUACCGGGACUACGACUGGCCCUUCGGGGCCUUCGCCUGCAAGCUCAGCAGCUAUCUCAUCUUCGUCAACAUGUACGCCAGCGUCUUCUGCCUCACCGGCCUCAGCUUCGACCGCUACCUGGCCAUCGUGAGGCCGGUGGCCAACGCCCGGCUGCGGCUGCGGGUCAGCGGGGCGGUGGCCACGGCCGUGCUGUGGGUGCUGGCCGCCCUCCUGGCGCUGCCGGUCAUGGUGUUCCGCACCACGGGGGACCUGGAGAACAGCAGCAAGGUGCAGUGCUACAUGGACUACUCCGUGGUGGCCAGCUCCAGCUCCGAGUGGGCCUGGGAGGUGGGGCUGGGCGUCUCGUCCACCGCCGUGGGCUUCGUGGUGCCCUUCACCGUCAUGCUGACCUGCUACUUCUUUAUCGCCCAGACCAUCGCCGGCCACUUCCGCAAGGAGCGCAUCGAGGGCCUGCGCAAGCGGCGCCGGCUGCUGAGCAUCAUCGUGGUGCUGGUGGUGACCUUCGCCCUGUGCUGGAUGCCGUACCACCUGGUGAAGACGCUGUACAUGCUGGGCAGCCUGCUGCACUGGCCCUGCGACCUGGACCUCUUCCUCAUGAACGUCUUCCCCUACUGCACCUGCAUCAGCUACGUCAACAGCUGCCUCAACCCCUUCCUCUACGCCUUCUUCGACCCCCGCUUCCGCCAGGCCUGCACCUCCAUGCUCUGCUGGGGCCAGAGCAGAUGCGGGGGCGUCUCCCCCAGCAGCAGCAGGGACAAGUCGGGCAGCUAUUCCUCUGGGCACAGCCAGGGCCCCGGCCCCAGCCCCGGGAAGGGCGGCGAGCAGACGCAGAAGUCCAUCCCCUACAGCCAAGAGACCCUGGUGGUGGACUAGGGCGGGAGGCGGGAGGAGCCUGGUGGCCUCUGCCCCGCCCCCGCCCAGGCCCGACUCUGAAAGGCGAAGCUGGCACCUUCUCCCUGGCACUUGACCCGGU